GCCGAGACCCAAAUGGAACAGGUCUCGGCUUCUAGUGACCAAGAUCAAAAUGUAGCUAUUAUUCAACCUGAUGAUGAUCCCGUGGAAAGGGUAUCCGCAUCCACGAUCUUGGCUAUUUUUUUCAUGGGAAUGUCUUACGUGCCUGCGAUAUCCAUGGUCCUCGUUCUUCCUGCCGGAAUUUUAGAACAAAUUGGGCAAUCACUCGGAGAUACGGAGAAUAUCGUCUGGAUUCCGGGAGGAUGGUCAGUGGCUUCUGCGGUCUCUUUCGCGAUUGCGGGAGGGUUCAGUGAUAUCUUUGGUCGGCGAUAUGUAUUGAUCGCUGGACAAGUUAUUACAUUGAUUGGCGCUAUUGUGGGCGCCACAGCACAGAAAACUACCAUUGUCGCAGCUGGCUCUACCAUUGCGGGAUUUGGUGCAGGUGUAAUAUUCGUCUCCUAUCCUGGUAUCACUGAGCUGCUCCCAAACAAAUAUCGUGGUGCUGGAAUUGGAUGGACCGAAUUUUGUAUGAAUAUUCCAUGGAAUUGUCUCGGUGUCCUCCUUGCCAACGAGUUGGUCCUUCACGCCUCCUGGAGAUGGUGCUACUACAUUGCCAUCAUGUACUCAGUCGUCUGUAUUGCCGGAACAGCAAUCUUCUACUUUCCACCCUCACGUCCUCGCAACGAUUAUGACAAAUCUCGUUGGCAAGAAUUCAUUGAGUUGGACUUUAUUGGUCUGGGACUUUUCGCUGCCGGUCUCACAAUCUUCCUCGUCGGCUUGACUUAUCUCGGACUGUCAACGUAUUCGAAAGCACUUGUAGGGACCACCAUCACUGUCGGCGCUAUCGUCUUCGCUGCUUGCUUCAUAUAUGAUUUCACCAUUCCCAAGAAUCCAAUUUUCCCGUUCCACCUCUUCGCAAUGAUGAGGGAAUUCACCGUUCAUCUGAUUAUCCUGUUCAUCGCCGGCAUGAUCUGGCAAGCCGUGACCACUCUGGCACCCCAAGGAACACUCUACAUGUACACCAAUGACGGGAUCAGAAUUGGCGUCACCCAGAUACCCAGUAACAUGUCCGGAGUCCUCGGCGGCUGGAUCCUACCAUCCCUCGUCCACAAAAUCAAACACGUCCGCUACCAAAUCAUCCUUGCUCUCGUUAUCCAAACCGUCUUUACAGCCUGCUACGCAGCAGUUGUACCAAACCACAGAUACGCAUGGAUGAUCCUCCAAUUCUUCGGCCAAGCAUGCUUCACUUGGGUGACCUCCCUCGCCUACGUCGCUUCCGGCCUCUUCGUCCCACAAGAAGAACUCGGUGUCUCUGCCGGCCUAAUCGGCACCUUCCGCAGUGCUGGUGGCAGCGUCGGAAACGCCAUCUUCUCCACUAUCGUCAACUCGCUCAUCAACAAAAACCUCGCCCCCAACAUCGCAGCUGCUGCCAUCACUAACGGCUACUCGGAAUCAAACCUAACAGAACUUAUUCCAGCCGUCAUCAAGAACGCGGUCGGGGUCCCGUUUGCGUUUGCGAAGGUCCCGGGAGCUACCGAGACGGUGGUUGCGGCGACGGCAAAGGCGUUUAAGGAUACGUAUGCGCAUGCGUUCCGGACGGUUUUCCUGUCGACGAUCCCGUUUGGGAUUAUUGGGUUGGUGGCUGCGUGGUUUGUGAAGGAUCCGAGUCAUUUGUUGAAUAAUCAUAUUGCUAUUCAUCAGGAGAAGGAGGUUCUUUCUGGGAAGAAGACUGUUCAUGAGGAGCAGGUUGAGGUGCAGACUUAAGUGUAUUAGGAGUGAAGCUGGUGGGAAUGUUAC